UCCAGUCGGAGUAAUCGUCGCGUAUUAAGUUGCUGCUCACUGUCCCAGCAGAGGAAGCUAGAGUGCUGAGCGUCCGACCACCAAUUUGCACCUCACUAGAUCCACUGGAUCAGAAAAGUUUGUGAAUAGGGGUUCCCGAGUUUUGGGAUACCCAGGCUUGCAGCGUAGGGAGACGGAGGAGGCUGGAGGGAGCCCCCCCAUGGAGCCCACUCAGCUUGCAGAGAACCUUAUCCCAAACCAGCAGUCCCCUGCUCCUGAACUUGAGGAUCCUGAGAACCCCAGAGAUGAAUCCCCAGACAGCUCAGACACUGUGGUCCUCAGUCUGUUCCCCUGCACCCCAGAGGCCGUGAAUCCUGAAGCAGGUGCCAGUGCAUCCUCAUUACAUGGCAGCUGCUUGAAGCACUCAACAGCCCUCACAAACCGGCAGCGUGGGAAUGAGGUCUCGGCGCUGCCAGCUACCCUGGAUUCCCUGUCCAUCCACCAGCUUGCAGCCCAAGGGGAGCUGAGCCAACUGAAGGACCAUCUGCGGAAGGGUGACAAUCUGAUCAACAAACCAGAUGAACGUGGCUUCACUCCCCUCAUCUGGGCUUCAGCCUUUGGAGAAAUUGAGACAGUUCGCUUCCUGCUAGACUGGGGUGCUGACCCUCACAUCCUCGCCAAGGAGAGGGAGAGCGCCCUGUCACUCGCCAGCAUGGGCGGUUACACCGACAUUGUGAGGUUGUUGCUAGAGCGUGACGUGGACAUCAACAUCUAUGACUGGAACGGGGGGACACCACUACUUUAUGCUGUGCGUGGGAACCAUGUGAAGUGUGUGGAGGCCUUACUGGCCCGGGGCGCUGACCUCACCACAGAGGCCGACUCUGGCUACACCCCAAUGGACCUCGCAGUGGCCCUGGGAUACCGCAAAGGUGGGCUUGAGAUCCUGGGGUGGACUGAGGGACUGUGUGUGGGCGGUCAUAGAGGGGGACACAGGAUGCUCCCUGAAGGUGCUAGAUGAUGCCCUUUAGCACCCAGUCACCCCAUCCUGGCUCUUGGCACUUGGGCUGUGGUAGGGACACCAGUACAGGACAGGGAUGGAAGCCACUCUGGAGUGGACAGACAACUCAGAGAUACUAAUAGCCCAGCUUAGCUCCAGGGUAGUCUGCCCUGCCACAGGCACACCGCGCCACAUGGUGCUGGGGUGGAGCACUUCACUGAGGCCGCUCCAAACUUCUAUUUCUGCUGCUACAACAGAACACAAGAUAGAAGUUUUUGCUGGGCAGUGGUGGUGCACGCCUGUAAUUCCAGCA